AUGCCCGCGGCCGCGAGGCGGGCGGCGGGCGCGCAGGCGGCGGGCGGCGGCCUCCGGCGGCACAGGGCCCGGCGCGCCCCGACGACGCUCAGCACCUCCCCGUUACUGGCGCCGGCGCUCCCGGGCCAUCUCCCUCCGCCCGCACCACGCUCUCGCUCAGCCGGGCAGCGGCGAACCGGGGGGAGGGGGCAAGAAGACGCGUCCGGCUCGCCUCCUCGCGCGCGUCAGCUCUUUCCGGUUGCCGCCACAGAACCCCAGCGUACGUCCGGCCGCCACCGUUCCAGUUUAGGGGUCGUCGGGCUCGGGGAGCCGCCCGAGGCUGGUCGUAGGGGCCCUGGGGCGCGCGGGGAGGGCGGCGCCUUGGGGAGGAGGCUGGUGGGGCGCUCGAGGAGCCAUCGCGGACUAAAUAAGGGCGGCGGCGGCGGCUGCGCGUGCGCCCAGCGGCGCGGGGGCGGGGGCGCCCUCGGGGAGAGCGCGGGCCUGGUGCUUCGGCGGCCCCGGGCUUGCGGCGGGGUCGCCGGGGGGACGCCCCUCAGGCCUGCUCUUAGGAGCCGAAGUCGGGCCGGGGCGCCGUACGCGGGCAGGGCCCGGAGCUGGGCCUUCGGCUUCGUGAAAGCCCCAGCCCCACCCAAGUGGAGAAAUGCACACCAGGAGGACAGGGACCAGGCUGUGUGCCCAGGGUCCAGCAACCCAGCAAUCCCAGCGCAUCUAUCUGCCCACUUACUGUUUCAGAGCAGGAGACUCUUGUACUCCACUAACAGAUCAGGCUCUUCAAGAAUCAGUGCCAUGGAGGUGACAGCAGCAAAAAUGACAUAUAGGGAACUCCCAACAACCCAUACACAUCUCCAUGUAAACAGUGAAUAAAUUAGCAAAACUUUUCAGAAUGAGAUUUAUAUGAACUGUAGAAAUUAGUCUAAGAUUUGAAAUAACCUGGAAAACACUCAAGAAAAAAGUGGUUGAAUCUCAGUAGGAGGGUUUGUGUCACUUAAAGCUCUAUUUUUGGAGUUCCUGUUGUGGCUUAGCGGGUUAAGGACCCAAAUCAUCUUGAGAAUACGGGUUCAGUCCCUGGCCUGGCUCAGUGGGUUAGGGAUCCGGCAUUGCCACAAGC